AUGCGCGUGAGUGGGCGAGCGAGAACGGGGGAGCGCCGGCGUGGCCGCUAUCAGGGCGGACAGACGUGUGCUGAUCGGCGCAGAGCUGGAUUCAAAAUGGUGUCUACUCUGGGUGACCCUGGACGGCACGUCCUCUUGGCCCUGAUGGUGUUGCUGUACUUUGGUUUGGUUUUUAACUUAUUUUCUGGUGUUGUUUUUUCUUCAGGUACAGCCUCCUCCAUGGUGAACAUGCGUAGAAUAACAUAUCCAACAGUACAAGGAACUCUGGCUGGCAGAGCCCUCCUCCCAUGUGUCUUCACCAUCCAAGCCAGCUCCUCCAGCCAACCUCCUCACAUCUUGUGGACAUACCUCAGGCCACCAGCAGGGAGACAGGGGGGGCCUCUGGAGCAGACAGUGCUCUCUGCUCAAGGUGACGUGAUUAAGGUGAAUAAAGCUUUCAACGGCCGCGUCAGGCUCCUGGGAUACGCCGUCAACCCCCUCAAUGCCACCAUGGAGAUCCACAGUCUCCGUGCCAAUGACUCGGGCACCUACCACUGUCAGGUCGCCAUGGGAAACAGCUACGAGAGAGACGCCGUGCCCCUGGUGGUUUCUGGUGUGGUGUUUCACUACCAGAACCCCAUUGCCCGCUAUGCCCUUACGUUUGCUGAUUCCCAGCGGGUUUGCCAGGAGAACUCGGCUGAAAUAGCCACUGCAGCGCAGCUGUGGGCUGCUUUUCAUGAUGGCUUGGCUAGCUGUGCAGCCGGCUGGCUGGCAGACCAGACUGUCCGCUAUUCUGUCCAGUCGCCAGAGCUUGGUUGUUAUGGACACAAGGAGUACUUAGCUGGAGUGAGGAAUUAUGGGAAGAGAGACCCAAAUGAGCUGUUUGAUGUUUACUGUUUUGCAAAAGAACUUGACGGUGAGGUGUUCCACUCCUCAGUUCCAGGGAGGCUAUCGUUGUCUUCAGCCUCAGAUCGCUGUGUGUCUCUGGGUGGACAACUGGCAACGGUGGGGCAGCUUUACCUUGCCUGGAGGGCUGGCCUGGAGAGUUGUACCCCGGGCUGGCUCUCCGAUGGCAGCGUUCGCUACCCUGUUACAUGGCCACGGCAGGACUGUGGAGGGGACCGACCAGGAGUCCACACCGUCACAUCCAACAGCACCACUGACAACAGCACAGCGCUCUACGAUGCUUACUGCUACAGAGGUCAUGUGAAAAAGACAAGCUCUAUCUCUAAGAUCUACACUUCCUUAUGGAAACCCUGGAGCUACCUGGUGGGCUCAAGUGACCCAGACUCCCCAGAUCCAAACGGUCUUGGAAACACCACAGAGCCAAAUGCCACCACAAGAGCAUCAUCAGAUGGCGCUGACCGUUUACCCUCCAACUGGACAGGAUUGGUUGACCUAGAGGAGGAGUCCAGUGCCGAUGCAUCCUCAGACCCCUGGUCCUCUGACUUCUUCGAAUCGUAUGUGACCAUCCAGCUAAACCCAGGGGAGAGCUCCGUGGACUGGACGGAGCCUUUAGAGCCGGGUCCAGACUCUGGAGAGUUUCUCAGAGCCCCGGUCUCUGUCACUGCCAACCCACAUCCCACUCCUACAGAGAAGAAGGUGAUCUCAAAGAUCAUAAAGUCCAUAUGGAAGCCAUGGAACUACCUAGCAGGUGCUGGUGAUGAGGAAGUCACCCCAACUACAAGUGGUCCAGAGGUGGAAAGAGCGAGACCAGCCAUGGGGAGCCAAACAAAUGCCCCAUCACUUCCCUCCAACACAACGACUCCAGCUUUGCUAUCCUGGGGUAAAAUGUGGCUCAGUGGUCUGGCCAAGGAUAUUUCCACAACAGUCAGUAAAGAAUCACCAAGCCAUCCAUUAGCUGUCUCCCAACUUUCUGCCAACCUCCCUCUGACUAUGGAGAAGAAUGAUAGUGGGUUAGAUUCAAAGACGCAACAGCCUACAACGUUUAGCCCUGCGACAGAAACCACCCCAUCUACCAGAAGGGGAACCUGGGUCCGUGUUGGGCCCUCUCAAGCGGAGACCACCACCAAACCAGGUGACAAGAAGGAGGAGAUGGCGACGUCCAAAGCCAGCGGUCGAGGAGGAAGAGGAAGGGGGAAAAAGAGGGGAGAGGAGAGGAUGAGAGGAGAGAAGGGCAAAGGAGAUGAGGAGGGGAGUGGAGGAGAGCUUGCCGGUGUGGAGGCAAAAGGGGAAAUACAAUUCACCCGUCGCCUGGUUGGAACCAGCAAACCCAGAGAAAGAUCCAGAGAAAGAUCUAGAGAGAGGAGUCACAGGAGAGGGCAGUCCACAACCACGACCAGUCCAGCCACUACUGCCGCUAGUGUUUCCCAGUCCAUAGCUAUGUCCACUGCCGCAGUAUCAGAAAGCACAGACUCAUCUGCUGCACCAUCUCCUUCAUCAUCACCCUCCUCAUCCUCAACACCAUCACUGUCACCAUCACCUUCACCAUCCUCACCGCCAUCGCCUUCACCAUUCACACACGCAUCAUCAUCACCUUCACUAAUAUCGUCCUCAUCCUCCUCACCAUAUUCAUUUCCCACCCAGUCUCAUUCAUCAUCAUCAUCAUCAUCCUACUCCUCCAUGCCUCCUUCCUCUCCCUCUUUGUCUCCAUCCCAAUUUCUGCUCCAGACCGAUUCUUCCUCAUCAUCCUUAUUGGGAUUUCCAUCCUCAUCUCCAUCCCUGUCUUCAUCUCAGGAAGAAGCAGUAGAACUGGGAGCUCCUGCUCAUCCUCCUCAAUCACAUGACCAAGGCGGCCCCUGGAACCCCCUUUCAUCUCCCCGCUGGGAGCCGGUGGAGCAAGCAGUCAUGCGGGGUGCUAAGGAAAAGGCAACGGGGCCUUUGAAUUAUCCUUCAUCACCCAGCGGAUCACCAGAGGAGGAAGAGCCUGCCUGGUCUCACUCCCUGGGCUCAGGGUCUCCCUUAUCUGGCAGCAUGGAGGAAGAAGGCGGCAGAGGAGGACUCAAUCUCAGCACCAUCACUCUGGGACCAGCAGUGGAGGGUGAACCCUGCGUGACUAACCCGUGUCUGCAUGGAGGGAAGUGUCUUCCUCAGGGAAAUGGCUACAGCUGCUACUGCCCACAAGGAUACACUGGGGAGAACUGUGAGAUCGACGUAGAUGACUGCCAGUCGGAUCCGUGUGAAAAUGGAGGCACUUGCAUCGACAAGAUCGACUCCUUCGUCUGCCUUUGUCUGCCCAGCUAUGGAGGAGACGUGUGCGAGAAAGACAUUGAAGAUUGCGAGCACGGCUGGAGGAAGUUCCAUGGCCACUGCUACAGGUACUUCAGCCACAGACACACUUGGGAGGAUGCAGAGAAAGACUGCAGGGAGCACAGCGCCCACCUGAGUAGUGUCACCUCUGUCAAUGAACAGGAAUUCAUCAAUGGUCUGGGUCAUGACAACGCCUGGAUAGGUCUGAAUGACCGCACAGUAGAGGAAGACUUCCAGUGGACUGAUGGCAUUGAUCUGGUGUAUGAAAACUGGAGGGAGAGUCAGCCCGACAAUUUCUUUGCGGGUGGAGAAGACUGUGUAGUAACCAUUACCCAUGAGGACGGCAAGUGGAACGAUGUGCCCUGCAACUACAACCUGCCCUACAUCUGCAAGAAAGGCACUGUGUUGUGUGGGACCCCGCCCGCAGUGGAGAAUGCCCACUUGGUUGGCCGGCGAAAGUCCCAUUAUGAUAUCCAUGCGGUGGUACGCUACCAGUGCUCUGACGGCUUCUACCAGCGCCACAUCCCUACAGCACGCUGCAGGGCCGAUGGAAGUUGGGAGCGUCCCAAGAUCAUCUGCACAAAAUCCCGACGAUCCCACCGAUACAGACGCCACCACCAUCAGCACAGAGACCGCCGCAACCAUCGGCGACACGGAGGAGAGGGGCACAGGGCCAGAGACGACACACACAGUCACUACUGA